AUGAACGAAUCGAGUCGGGAACGACUUGCUGCCCCAAGCAAUCUGGAACUGCAAGACUUCGAUAACAGCGGCGAAAAUGCCCUCAACGUGACCUCAUUUGAGGACAUCCCUGCCGACGGAGGGUAUGGAUGGGUGUGCACCUUCUGUGUGUUCAUGAUCAAUGUGCACACCUGGGGGGUCAGCAGCGCAUGGGGAGUGAUUCUGAAUUACUUCCUGUCGCAUUCAACCUUCCCCAACGCCAGUCACCUGGGCUUCGCCCUGAUCGGAGGGGUCUCGAUUGGGCAGUGCCUGCUCAUCGGUCCUCUGGUCACGCAAACUCACCAGACGGCUGGCACCAUGCCCACGCUGCUUUUGGGGACUGUGCUUGUCUCCGCCGCUCUCUUCAGCGCCUCGUAUGCCACGCAGUUCUGGCACCUCCUCCUGACGCAGGGCAUCUGCUUCGGCUCCGGGAUGGGCUUUCUGUAUCUGACUGCGACUGCCAUUCUGCCCACGUGGUUCAGCAGCAAACGCAGCUUCUCCUCCGGGCUUGCCUCCUCCGGCACCGGACUCGGCGGACUGGCAUACAGUCUGAUCGCGGGCCGCAGCAUCGAGACCAUCGGCAUCCAGGGCACCUACCGGGUCCUCGCCGCGUGCGCUUUGGGUGCCAACCUCCUGUGCUCGCUGCUCCUCCGCGACCGACCCAGCCCUCAUUCCGCGCCCUCGCUUCUACGACCCCGACGCAGUCACUCUCGCCCCGCAGCCACCACCACCCCUCUCUUCUGCAGCCCCACGGAACUCACCCACCUCGAAGUCCUCCUAAUCAUCAUCUGGGGUACCUCCACCGACCUGGGGUUUAUCGCCCUCCUCUACUCACUUCCGAACUACGCGACCUCCAUCUCCCUGACCGCAAGCCAGGGCUCCAUCGCCAGCGCCUGCCUCAACCUGGGACUCGCGCUCGGCCGGCCGUUGAUGGGCUACCUCUCCGACCGCCACGGCCGCAUCAACGUAUCGAUGGUCACGACCCUCGUCUGCGCCGUCCUCUGCCUCACCCUCUGGGUGUUUCUGUCCUCGUACCCACUGCUGCUCCUCUUCGCCCUCCUGGCCGGCUCCGUCUGCGGUACCUUCUGGGGCACGGUCGCCCCCGUGCUGACGGACGUGGUGGGGCUCAAGCGGCUCCCGGCCACGUUCGGGCUGGUCUGCUUCAUGCUCGUGGCGCCCACGACGGUGGCGGAGGUGAUUGCCCUGCGGCUGGUGGAUCUCGCUGGCGGCGGGUACCUGGGAGCGAAGGUGUAUGUGGGCGGGCUGUUUGCUGUGGGUGCGGUGGCGUUGGCGGUGUUGCGGGCGUGGCGGUUCUAUGAGAUCGAGCGGAAGGGGGUGGUGGAGCGGGAUGGCGGCGUGGGGGAGUUUCCGGGGUUUGGGAGGUGGGUUGCGGUGGAGAAGUUGUUUUUGCGGGGGAGGGUGUGA